UUGGAAAGAUGUUGGACGGUGACGGUCACAGACAAUUCGAGAAGCAUCAGACAAUACUGAAUAAAGGACACGGUCCCCUUCUCUCUGUUGAGAGAUGCACAAUCUGCUGCAGAAAAUAUCACUGUGCCUACUGCAAACUGGUGUAUAACCAUUUAAAUGAGCUACAAAAUCAUGUAGUAGAUCAUGUUCGAGUUGCAGUUCAUCAUAAAGGAAUGUGCGUGAAUUAUUAUUAUGUCAUCGUAAAGUGCAAUCAGGACUGCAGACAAGCAGCACAUUUUCACUGCUGCUACUGCACAUCAACAUUGAUCAGAAGGGAUGCUCUGAUUAAACAUCUAACAAGUUGCAAAGAAACGUCAUUCAGACAGCCUCCACCCGCAGCAGCAGCAGCAGCACCUCCAACAGCACCAACUCCAUCUCCAGUAGCACCACCUCCACCUCCACCUCUAGCAGCACCAGCUCCAGUAUUUACGGCAGCACCACCCCCAGCUCUAUCCCCAUCAGCGCCACCUCCAGUAGCACCAAUUCCAUUCCCAGCAGCACCACCUCCACAUCCAUCCCCAGCAGCACCACCUCCAGCUCUAUCCCCAGCAGCUCCACCUCCAUACCCAGCAGCACCAUCGUCAGUAGGAUUAUGUGUCAGGCAGCAAGUCAGGGUGACUUGCAUGCACUGUGGCAUUCAAAUAAAUAAAAGGAACUUGCUGGUUCACAUUAACAGAAAACACAGGCAAAAGGUAACCGAAAUUUCAGCUAAACGGCACCUGUCAUGCCAAUGCAUUGAUGCCAAAAAUGGCAUCUCUGCUGUUAACAAAGCAUUCUUUAAGCCUUGCUCUCCUAUACAUGUUCAGAAAAAAACAUGGGGUGCAAGCCAAAACAUAAUCUGUGAACUGAAUGAAUGCAAGACAAAUUCUGAAUUUGCAGUCAGGAGUAGAAUUCUUCCUUAUGAGUGCAUGCAUCUAAAGUCUUUGCUGUUCUGCCCACGAAUGGACAAUGCAUCCAUCAUUAUGGAGGAGGAGGUGCUUUCAGAAAUGGUUGCUGCGAAGAUAUUUGGGGACACAAGUAAGCAAAGCUGCUUAAACCGCCAAAAAGCAGCUGCUGAUGCAGGUGUUGCACUUGCAGUUAAGGUGACUGUUGGAGGGCCUCCUUCCAAAAAAUUCUUAUCAAUAUACGAGUGUAACAACGUUCGUAGGUCGGGAAGAAGGAGGCGGGAACCGGCGAACAUUUAA